AAUAGAGGGCCGGAAAUUUUGUUUUGGUCAUGUCCUAAAUACACUUCCGUAGAAAACAGUCAUGGCUGGCGCGAGUAUAGAAUCUUUGCGACAUUUGUCCGACGAUGCUGAUUAUUACGUGACAGCCUUAGACUUGUACAAUCGUGAGAGCAGACGGGUGCAGAGGAUUUGCGAAUGGGUGGAUGGAAACCUGCAUGCAAUGGCUACUUCUAUGGAUGUUACACUGCAGAAGGAGGAUUCAUUCAGCGUGCUGAGUGUCGGCGCUGGAGAUGGCAUAGUUGACCACAGAAUCUUGGGCCAUCUACGAGACAGCGCGCAUCCUCAGCUUCGCGCAGUCAUCUUGGAACCUGACUCUCACAUGAUGCAGCAGUACCAAGACCUAGUCAGCAAGGAGUCUACCAAACUACAAGGUGUGGACCUUGACUGGAGACAGCAGACAUUUCAGGAGUUUCAAGCCACCGCCAAGGAAGAUGAUAAGUUUCAUUUCAUCAGCUGCAUCAACUCCCUCUACUAUUGUGGAGACUUGGAGAAGUCUCUCAAAUUUCUUUACGAAAAACUGGAUAGUGGAGGGCUUUUGCUCAUUACGAUUCUGUCAGCGGAGGGAGGACUAGGGAAACUGUGGCAGCACCUCUCUAAUACGUCCAUCAGCCAGAGACAGUUCACAUCUUGUUACCUCCAAGAAACAUGUAAGAAGCAGAACAUACCAAUAGCAGAGAUGCAAAAGAUCAGCAUCCAGUGCGACAUUUCCCCCUGCUUCGAUCAUCAACUCUCCCAAGACGGGAACACCCUUCUUGAUUUCCUGACCCACACAGUCAACUUCGCCCAGAACGCCCCGGCCGAGUAUCGAGACGAUGUACUUCGGUUCUUGGGGAGUCCAGAGUGUUCGGUCCGAGGAUCAGGGGGCAAGGUCAUCCUGGAUGCAAGCAAUGUUGCUGUUCUUAUACGAAAGCAGUGAUGGAAUGCACACAAGUCACUGUUCUAUUUUGUGUAAUUUCACAGAUUUGUUAUUGAAUCAACCACAAGUCAAUUUUACUAAACAGUAUGUUGUUUGUGGAUGUGGUGAGGCUAUACAUUGACUUACUGGAUGGUACCGGGGUAUUAAAACCACUUCUGAUUAUAGUAUGACAUUUUCCUCCUUUUUGUACUAUCACCAUCGGUUUUGUGUAGAUGAGUUUGUCUCCCCGAUAUUUUGGCUCACCUGUAAAGUGUCUACUGCCAAUUUCUUUUUUUUUUUUCUAAACGCUAAAAGUUUUAUUUUGUUCAAGGAUAAGAGUAUUGCUGCACGUAUUCAUCAAGGUGGUAAAUUUAGUUGUUUACAUAAAGAUACAUGCUAAUUACACUCUUUAUUUUUCAGUAACCGUAAAUGCUUGUUGUAAAAAUGUAAUAAUUUGAUUUUGUGUACCCGAUAAAUGUCUCUACUCCCAAUGAGCCUCCACAAAGUUCGUUAUUUGAUAACUUCAUGCGCAUGCUGACUUUUGGGACACUUAUUUAUACUUGGCCAAAGCAUGCAUGAAAUCAACACGCAAAAGUUAUCAGAACUCAUGAACUAUAG